UAAUUUAAUUAUUAAAAUAUAAUUUUAUUUUGCUUUCUAUAUUUUUAACAAAAUUUUAAAAUUAUAUAUUUUUGUAGGAAGAUUUUCGACGUUCACUAGCCAAUGCGGCCAUGCCGCCAUGUAUUCGCCGAUUCUCUUGCUUCAGCAUUGCUACAAUCCACAGCCACACCAGCAAGCCGAAGUCCAAUGCUUCUCUUUUCCCGAUUUCCGACCUCCUCAAGCUCUGCAAGACCCCCAUCGACCUCCAGCAACUCCAUGCUCGUCUCGUCCAGAAAGGGCUUGAGCAAGAUCAUUUCCUUGUGACCCAAUUCGUUUCAACUUCCAACUCAAUUGCCAACGUUUCAUAUUCUACAUCCGUCUUCGAUCGUGUUCUAUCGCCUUCUACCUUCCUUUGGAAUACUCUUGUUCGUGGCUACUGUGAGAAGUUGCAAUUUGUAGAUACUAUUUCGUUAUUUGUGCGUAUGAAGAGGGAGGAGGGCGUUCCUGAUCGGUAUACAUUUCCUUCGCUUCUAAAGGCUUGUGCAAGUGAGGGAAAGGUGAGGGAAGGUAUGGCCCUUCAUGGAUCCAUUUUGAGAUGUGGCGUUGAUGAGGAUUUAUAUGUUACGACGAGUUUGGUGAAUUUGUAUGGGAAGGGUGGGUUAAUCGAGUGUGCACGUAAGGUGUUUGAUAGAAUGUCAGAGAAGAAUGUGGUUUCUUGGACAGCUAUGAUUGUUGGGUAUUCGAGUACUGGGAAUUUGGUGGAGGCGAAGAGGCUUUUUGACUCGAUGCCGGAGAGAAAUGUGGCGUCGUGGAAUGCAACUAUUGGUGGGUACAUGAAAAUGGGUGAUUUAAAGAGUGCUGAGAAGGUGUUCGAUGAAAUGCCAGAGAAGAAUGUUGUGUCUUUCACAACAAUGAUCGAUGGGUAUGCAAAAGCGGGCGACAUGGUUUCUGCCAGGAAUUUAUUUCAAAAGGCACCUGGAAGGGAUAUUGUCGCAUGGUCGGCUUUGAUAUCUGGAUAUGCACAAAAUGGUCAGCCAAAUGAGGCAGUCAAGACUUUUCUUGAAAUGGGUUCUAGGAAUGUGAAACCUGAUGAGUUUGUAUUGGUUAGCUUAAUGUCAGCUUGUUCCCAAGUGGGCAAUUUGGAUUUGGCCAAAUGGGCUGAUUCAUAUGCUUGCAAGUGUUUAGUUGAUCUUCGUGGGGCUCACGUUAGGGCUGCUCUAAUCGAUAUGAAUGCUAAGUGUGGGAACAUGGAGCGAGCCAUGGAUCUGUUUGAAGAAAUGCCUAAAAGGGAUCUGAUUUCUUAUUGUUCUGUAAUGCAAGGGUUGUCAAUCCACGGGCGUGGAGAUCAGGCUGUGUCACUCUUCGAGAGGAUGCUUGGUGAAGCUCUAACUCCCGAUGAAGUAGCCUUCACAGUCAUCUUAACAGCUUGUAGCCGUGCUGGACUUGUGGAUGAAGGUUGGCAUUACUUUGAAAUCAUGAUGAGUAAAUACUCCAUGGUUCCCUCUCCUGAUCACUAUGCAUGUAUUGUUGAUCUUCUUAGUCGAUCUGGGCGACUAAAAGCAGCUUAUGAGCUCAUUAAAUCCGUGCCUGCUCAAUCUCAUGCUGGUGCAUGGGGUGCACUGCUUGGCGCCUGCAAAUUAUAUUCCAAUUCCGAGCUUGCAGAAGUGGUAGCAUCUCGACUAAUUGAGCUUGAGCCUCAAAAUGCUGCUAAUUAUGUGCUAUUAUCCAAUAUCUAUGCUGCAGCUGAAAGGUGGUUGGAUGUGUCUGUUGUAAGAAAUCAAAUGAGUGAAAGAGGGAUCAGAAAAAUACCCGGUUGCAGCUGGAUUUAAUCGAACACAUUGUUUAUACGUUGUCUGCAAUUUAAACUGCACCAGCAUUGAUCUAA